AUGCCUGUCCCUCGAAGUACACCACAGACAAAAUUAGUGUCUUUAGCCGUCAAUCACGCCUCUCAAUUCUUGCAUGCCUGUAUAAUGCCUGAGAUGGAUACUGUAAAUCAAGCAUGCCCGAAUGUACUAGUUCAUGCAGAACAGAACGGUGAUUUAGCAACAUUUAGUGGAAUGUUGUUUUUAUUAUUAUCAUUCUAUUACACAUUCGAUUUACAAUAUCCUAAACAUUUGAGAUCAUUCAUGGAACUGCUUGAUUUUUACAUUCAUCGGCAAGAAAAUGUUAAUAAAUUAUCUAUUACUACACAAAAUUCUGUAUUAAAAAUUCGCACACGUCAACAAUAA